UAACUAGCUAUUAUGUAUUGUAAAUGUUAUACUUUAUAGAUGAUGGAAACUGAAGAAACAAAGCAAACGCCGUUGCAAGAUGGUCAUGAUUUGGUUAUAAAUGAAAGGCAGCGAAAAAGAACCGAAAGGAACUUGAAAGGUGACACGAACUAUUUCUGUAUGUCGGAUCACCUCGCCGAUGUCUGGUUCGCUUUCAAAGACGACACUUAUAAACUUCCAGCGCACAAACUUCUUCUAAGCAUGCGCAGUGAGGUUUUUGAAGCCAUGUUUUACGGGUCUCUAGCGGAAAGUUCAGAUACAAUCAUGCUUGAAGAUAUUGACAUUAGUACGAUGAAAAUGGUUUUACGGUAUAUGUACUCGGAUGAUAUUGAACUGGAUGUCAAUAACGUUUCUUGCUGUCUUUAUGCUGCUAAAAAGUAUGCCUUGUAUGAUAUGGCAAACAAAUGUGCGAAGUUUUUGGAGACCAAAAUCGGCGUUGACACUGCUUGUACCAUUUAUGAACAAGCGAAACUUUAUGACGAGGCCCAGCUUGCAACAAAAUGCAUCGAUUUUAUUACCGGCAAUUCAAAGGGGGUCUUUCUAUCCAAAGAUUUCCAUACACUUGCUUUUGAAAGUGUUUUGGAAAUCGUCAGAAACGGCAUUCUGAACGCCGAUGAAUCUUUCAUUUUUGCAGCAGUUAAAGGAUGGGCAGAGUCUGAAUGUAAAAGAAAAGGCUCAGAGGUCUCACCAGGCAACCUAAGAUCAUGUAUCGGUGAAAUAAUGUUUAUGAUUCGAUUUCCCCUGAUGCCAAAUGAUGUAUUCGCGAAAGAAGUCGAGCCAACUGGAAUCCUUACAACUGAAGAACUAUUGAUGAUUUACCGCCACUUGGCUGUUAAAAUAGAGGGCCAAGAAGUACAGAAUGUUGGAAAGUUCUCGUGUAGUAAGAGAGCUGUAAUAAAGAGGUUUGACAAGAUGCCUUUGAAUCCCAAUUAUCAAGAGUGUGUCAUUUCUCUGAGCGUCUCAAAUCCUAUACAACUUUUUGCCAUACACGGGGACUUUGUACCUCAAGUUGACAAGGUGAAUUUUUCUAAGUACCAAAAUGAAAUUAAAUUCGAUACAGAUGGAGAAAAACUCAUACUGCGUGAACCAAUAAUACUUUCUCCUCACUUUGGAAAUGCCCUGAUAGGUUUUCAUAUGAAAUCAGUUGAUGGGCCCAAUCCUGACAAAAUUAAAUGGUCAGCAAAAGUGAAUAUUUCCGACGUAAUUAAAAGUUCUACUGUCUACAUUAGUCGCAUUCCAUGCACACUACAUGCACUGGUGUUUAAGGAGACAUAAAAAGCUAAUUUGUGCUAACCGGGAUUUAUAACGUCAUAGCUGACAGGAGACAAAAUACAUUAAGAAGAAAUAUUAUCUUACAUAAUUGACAUUUCAAGUAAGACAAAAUCUAUUGAAACAAUUGAAAGCAUAAUUAUAAUCUUGUCCUCAAAGGGGCCUUUUUAACAUCUUAAAUAUACCAUAAAGACAGUCUAAGGAUUUCAAACACUAAUGGAAAUCCUUAAUUAAGAUUUUUUAUACUACACUGUAUAUUUGAAGCCUGUGGUCCAGUGAUAACAUAUAGGGUGUGAUACACCUGGAUUUCGGUAGAGGCAACUGCAUUUUAGUGAUUUUAACAUUUUUUCUCAAGAAUUAGCCAAUAUAUGCAAAGUAAAAGAAUGUUUGUGUUAAAUAAGUGACAAAAAUAAAGAUAAAUGAUGUUUUUAUUCAAGUUACAAACUCUGGCCAAGCAAUAUUAUAUGUUCCGUAUGCAUCAAACUCAAGUUUUUCAUAGCAAAACAUUUAGAUGGUAAAAUGUUUUAAAUUUUCAGAACUUGUUUAUAUAUAUCUGGAGAUGUUUUUUAUUUAAGUUUUAUUGGAUUUCCUUGAUAUAAACACUGGUUUUAGUUGUUGGAAAAGAUGUGACAGUUUUAGCCUGUGAAGAGGGGAAUUAAUUAAAUUACACGCAUGCAUUUAUUUAAGAUAAACAUGUAAAAAGCAACGAUCACUUGUUACUUGAAGUCACUUUGUAAAUUUUAUAGGUCCAAAAUGGAAACGAAAUACAAAAACGUAUGUCAUAUGCAAAAAUAAUUCCUCUAAAUGCCACGAGGGGUGUAGCACUGAAAAAUCAUAAAAGAAUUGGAUGGUGAAAUUUUCAUGAAUUUGAAAAAAUGUCUUAUACUGUUUAGAAAAGAAUAAAAGUUAUGAAAAGCUGAGUACUGUUGGAGACCAAUAGUGUCCGCAAUCUUUAAAUAGUUAUAUUUUAGCUCCACGUUUUGAAGGGGAAGAAAGUGGAAGCAAUGUCAUUACCCGCCCGUCGACUUAAGUUUACCUUUUUUUGGUUAACCUUUAAAUCUAUUAUUAUAAACUUCAAUAUAACAUAUUGAAACUUUAUAUGUGAAUUCCCUCUCUGGCGUGGGUUGAAUCGAUCCCCGGGAGAUGCUUUGGUAGU